CCCGCUUUGAACUCAGAAGAAGCAGAAGAGGGAAGGAGAAAAAUCGAGUGGAAAAAUGUCGAAGAAAGCUGGUGCGAACGCCAUGGAUGACGUUGAUCGAUUGUUUCGGUGCUUCAAAUGUGGAAUAUCCCCUCCUCCAUCUGCUAUGAGAGAAAGGAAACGGAGCAAGAAAGAGUUGAAUAAAGAGAAUAUAACACCUGAGACCCGUAAAUACUCCGCCGCAAGUUCGUCGCCUGGAUUGGGUGGUGAGUCUGGUUCCAGGACAGCAAAAUUGAGUGGUGGGAAGCAGAUAUCUCCCGUUGUGUUCUAUGGGUCUCCAAACGGUGUUCCUCCAAAAAGACCAUUAAGUUUACUAAGGCUCUUGCAUGAAAUACGUAUCGAUCUUAGUGAACAAAAUGAAUCAAACUUCAGAAGGGGAGUAUGGGCUACAUUUCCUCGACAAGAUGAAGCAAUGAAGUUCACAAAAGGGCAUGAAAAUGUACGGGUUUUUAGUUAUCAAGACCAUUUUAGUGGCCAAAGGAGAUUUCUGGUUUCAACAUAUGGUGAAUUCUGGAAAAGGUACAAUUCCAUAGAUCCAAGACAUCGACACCAUUAUGAAGUGAUACAGGAGGGCUUGCCAUGCCAUAUGUAUUUUGAUUUGGAGUUCAGCCAGAAAGAAAAUGCAGGAAGGAAUGUUGAUGAAAUGGUUGAUAUCUUGAUCUCUGUCAUCAUGGAGGCCCUGUGUGAGAAAUACUCUAUUAAAGGCCAGGAGGAUUGGGUUGUGGAGCUGGACUCCUCCACUAAAGAUAAAUUCUCCCGUCAUUUAAUUAUCCGAAUUCCAAAGGUUGCCUUUAAGGACAAUUCACAUGUCGGUGCUUUUGUUGGAGAGAUAUGCUCACGGAUUCUAAGUACAAAGGAACAGGAUGGAAGAUUGCAAAAGUUGUUUGUUCACAAAGAGUCUAAUGAUUCUUCAUCCCAGCUUUUUGUGGAUACUGCUGUAUACUCCAGAAACCGUUGUUUCCGUCUAGCCCUAUCUUCAAAAGCUGGUAAAACAUCAGUUCUUCUACCGACAAGGCGGUUCAAAUGUAAGGAUAUGGGUGAUGAAGAUGUAUUUAUGACAUCCUUAAUCUGCAACCUGGGUUCAGAUUGUGAGAAGCUUCUGGUUUGCAAAAUGGAAUUAGAUUGCAUGAAGACACUUCGCUUUGACACUGAGGUGAACAAUAGCAAUCUCGUAAGACAUCAAAAUGUCUCUCAGAAAUUCAAAGUUGAUGCUUGCUUAAAUGACAUGUCUGCAUCUUACUGUGAGGGGAAGUCCCCAUUCCCACUCCUGGACACAUUUAUAGAAUCGAUUGCUUCCACUGGGAAUGUCACAGGGAAGAUACGCUGCUGGUAUUGGUUCUCAGAACACGGACUGAUUGUUUACAGCAUGUCAAGCAGCAGAUACUGCGAACGAAUAGGCAGGGAACAUAAAAGCAACCACGUGAUGUACAUUGUUGAUCUUAGAAGAGGAGUCUACUAUCAGAAAUGCUACGAUCCAGACUGCCGAGAUUAUCGAUCUCCGAUACGUUCAGUUCCAGACAGUUGCAUUCCUGAAGGAGAAGAUUACACGGAAACUGAAGCCGGUCUUGAUAGUGGUAGCAAAGGCUCAUGGUGGCUUGAAGCUGUAAAAUUCGCCGAUGAUCUUGAAAAUAAACCCAAGGCACUGCAACUCCAUAGCUUGGAGAUUCACGAGGAGGAAGACGAUGAUUGGUGGGCGCAAGCGGAAGAGCUACUCUUCCCCGGUGAAAGUGUCUGACCGAUAUUUACCCAAAUGC